AGCCACUAACUCGCAAUUGGCCGAUUAUAAGUUCACCUUUCGAAGUUACACUUAUAACUCUUGCUUACUUGUAUUUCGUUCUUAGCUUCGGUCCUCGCUAUAUGAAAAAUAAGCCACCAUAUAAGCUGAAAACCUUCAUAUUAAUCUACAAUAUAAUACAAAUAUUGGCAAACAUUUGGAUAGUAAAAGAACACAUAACUAAUGGUUGGUUUUCGAAAUAUAUUUUUAUAUGUAUCCCAUCAGAUCCAACUUCGCCUAGUGCGAUUAGACUCUUCAAUUUGGUGUGGUGGAUUCUAUUAUUGAAAUUUUUCGAUUAUCUUGAAACCUGUAUAUUUGUGUUAAGGAAAAAACAAAAUCAGGUUUCCGGUUUGCACGUAUACCAUCACGUGUCAAACGUAAUUUUCGGCUGGUAUUUUUUAAAAUAUUUGUUAGACGAAAGAGCAACGUUUAUUAGCUUGAUUAAUUGUUCCGUGCAUGUAAUUAUGUAUAUUUAUUAUUUUUUGACUGCGUGGAACUCAAAACUUCAAAAAAGUCUCCUCCCUAUUAAACCAUAUGUAACAAGGAUACAAUUGGUGCAAUUCUUUGCAAUAUUAAUAGUGAGCUUGCAAGCUUUAUCAUCCUCCUGUGAUGUAAGUGGAAAAAGUCACAUGAUUAUUAUUUUUAGUAUAAAUAUACUGAUAUUUAUUUAUUUAUUCUAUGAUUUUUAUAAAAAA